UUCCACACUUUGCAUUGCUUCGGCAAUUCAAGACUGCGCGCUUGAGUAGCAUCAACACUGGUACUGAAUGACGGCGAGGAGACGAGAGGAAGAGCUGUGUGAAGGCAACACACGAGGGGCGAGUUGGCCGUCGAUAUAUGGUGUGUGAGAGACGGUAAAUAGCGGUCGAGGAGAACUCAUUUAGUGUGUGUGGACGGGACGUAAGGUUUAGCAUCGUUCCCUGGGGAUCAGAGAGGCUGUGGGUGGCGGUGAGCGAUGAGUACACUGUGUGUGUCCACGUGGGUUUAGUGCGCACUUGACCGGCCCGCUUAAAAAAAAAUCAAAAGCGCGCGAAAAAAAAAUCACGUUUUACGCGGGAAGAAGAUUUGGUGAAGCAAGCUUGUGUUGUUAAGCUGAGAUAAUUGCUCUGAGAAAUAUUGCUGACCUCAAGACUUAUUACAAAGUGAAUUUAGCGGAGAUUUGUGGUUGUGAGCGCUGCGGGAGGUAGUGUAGAGCGCCGCUACCGCACUCAUCACUACAAACAUUAAGGGUGUGCGGUAGCGGUGGCGGGCCGGGCGGGCCGCAAGUGGCCACCGAUAUGCUCUCUCCGGUGGAUGCUGGCCCGCAUGGGCCGCAUGGCCCGCAUGGGCCACAUGGGCCACAUGGCCCACAUGGCCAUCACCCGUGGGCGCCCACCUCUCUGGACGACAUGUCGCAUAAGGCUUGUGAGAUCGAAUUCUCCACAUCUUAUAACACAGGUCACAGCGGUGUCAACCAGCUGGGUGGAGUGUUCGUCUCUGGUCGGCCUCUCCCGGACACCACCAGGCAGAAGAUCAUUGAACUAGCGCACUCAGGGGCACGACCCUGCGAUAUCUCCAGGAUCCUUCAGGUCUCCAACGGCUGCGUCUCCAAGAUUCUCGGCAGGUACUAUGAAACCGGGUCCAUCCGGCCGCGGGCCAUCGGGGGUUCGAAGCCCCGGGUGGCCACGGCAGAGGUGGUGGCCAGGAUCGCCCAGUUCAAGAGAGAGUGUCCCUCCAUCUUCGCCUGGGAGAUCAGAGAUCGACUCCUCUCUGAGGGUGUUUGCUCCGCCGACAACAUCCCCAGCGUGUCAUCCAUCAACAGAGUCCUACGCAACAUUACCACAAAGGAAACAGCUGGUACCUCCCCCACACCUCCUUCAGGAUCAGCCGCUGCAGGCGCUGGAGGUCCCGCUGGCGGCUGUGUAACAGCGGCGGCGGCAGCGGCGGCGGCGGGCGGUGGCGGCGGCAGCAGUCAGACGAUGGGCGUGGGCGGUGGCAACUCAACAAGUAGCAGCAAUUCCAAUACGCCCACGCCCACGCCCACGCAGGAACCCAUGUACGACAAGUUAAGACUCCUAAAUGGGCAGUCGACUUGGCCCCGAACGCAGUGGUACAGUGGACCUGUGAGUGAGGUCACCAGUCUACCUGUGGACUCCCCGCACUCAACCCCCAGCAGCCACCACUGUCUCCCUAAGAAGAGUGAUGCCGGAGAGCUGAGUGAAGAUAGCAACGCGGGCAGCAGUGAGAACAGCAACAGUGAGGACCAGGCAAGGCUGCACCUUAAAAGGAAGCUGCAGAGGAACAGAACCUCCUUCACCAACGACCAGAUCGACAGCCUCGAGAAAGAGUUCGAGCGGACGCAUUAUCCAGACGUGUUUGCGAGGGAAAGACUUGCAGCCAAAAUUGGUCUUCCAGAAGCUAGGAUACAAGUUUGGUUCAGCAAUCGACGCGCAAAAUGGCGACGCGAGGAGAAACUGCGGAAUCAGAGAAGAGUGGCUGAGGGCGUAGCACCAUCUCCGCAGUUACAACAUCCUCGCACACAGUCUAUGGCUGGAGGCGGGGGUUUCGGGAUGACCUCGAGUGUGGGUUCCGUAGCAUCCAGCCCUAACUGCCUGCCGCCGCAUCAAGCCGCCACGGUGGUCCACUCUGGCAGCCCAGGGGGUGUGGGAGGCAUGCCCCUCAACAGGGACAACACACACGCCCACAACCCCUACAUGAGCCGUCCCACCUACGACUCCCUCUACUCUCACGCCAGAGCUUCUCCCACCUGCCCACCCAUGCUCUAUCACCCAGCCUCUCACCACCACCAGAGUCCCCACACUCACGAGUACAACACGCCCACACCACCAAACUCCCAGGCUGGUCUGCUGUCUCCUGGUGUAUCAGUACCAGUAGCGGUUCCAGGCCAACACCACGAUAUGAACACCCAGUACUGGACACGUCUUCAGUAACUACUAGCUGAGGGUAGAUGACCCUUGCUGAACGAGACUAACAAGUGGCACUGGUAGACUCUUACAACUGCAACACACUUCUACUGGAGGCCUCGGUAGAUUAAAUCUGUUGUAGCAUGUCCCUGCAUCAUUGUAAACAAGACUAACUAAAAGAUGAAUAUACACUAUGGGUCUUUUAGAAUCCCUUCGCUGCCACCAAGUGAUGGAAUAUACAAGAACUGGAUGCAUAUGCAGUUAAUCACACCAGUAUUUCACUGUUUGUGAUCGCCACUAACGCAGCUUUUAUUAACACUGUCUCUGCACAGCACCAAUGCGGAAUGGUAAUGCAGUGAGCUGUUUAGGUUGUUGUCCGAGGUUGAUUUCCUCGAGCACAUAAUUCAACCUUUAAACUGAAUGAGUAUUGAAAUGUUGAGGUUGUGACUUCAGCCAAAGUGAGCCAGAAGGAUUUAUUCAUGGUUUUCUAUACAUUCCAGUUAACUGAUUAGAAAUGCAAGUACCUCAAUAUAUCCAGUUUUAAUCUUGCCCUUAGUGCAAAGCCUUGUCAUAUAAAAUGACUUGGACAAAGAUAUAUAUUUUUAAAUUUAAUUAAAUAACUAUUUCGGUGAAUAUUUGCUAGUCUAAUGGUUCAUAUAUUGAUACAUUUUAAUAAUUUUUUUAUGUAAAUUCUUAACGUUUAUAAUUUAGAUUUAAUUUCCGAGACGAAUUUUUCUCUAUUGCUGAUAGGCUGAGAAUCUAUUUGACUACUGUUCAAUCCAUUUCCAUGGCGGUUGGCCACUCUCAACCAGUAACCAUAAUAUCUGAGAACACAUUGGCUACCCAAGUAUAGCAGAUUUACCGAAAUUAAGUGGUUACUAGAUUUUAUAUUAUAAAUCAAAACCAACUUAUUGGGAAAGAAUAAAACCCACAAAUAAAACUUAACCUACCGUGAAGACAGUGUUGCUUGAACAAAAGCUGCAGUUGUAUCAUUGCAGCACAUAUUUACAAUUUAAUCUGUAGGUUAACUACAGGUUCGUGAAAUACCUGACAGUUGGCCUUGACCAUGUCUUAGUUCGUAACUUCGUCUCGGUAUGACAUAACGAGGCGAUUUAUUUAUUUAACGAGAGUAGUGUACCUCCGCCACCUUGACCUUGUAUCAGGGUAUAUGGAAUCGAACUGACAUUUUGUACAUGAAAAAAACAAUCUGGUUGUAUAUAAUGUACUGUAUAAAUGGGACAAUAAUGGAUAAUCAGGUACUUGUUUAUUUGUUCUUGUGUAUAUUGAGCUAGGCUUAAGGGACGCUUGUGAAGUUUUAAGUUGGGGUUUAUAGUCGGGCUCUUUCUUAUUUUAGUCCUGGGAAACUUUUAUAUUCUCGAGAGCGACCUGUGACAGAAUUCUGUACCGUUAUUUAACCUUAUCAGCUUUGCAUUAUUCAGUCUUAGUUACGGUGACUUUUCUCCCAUAACCUUCAUGGGCAAGGGGGGUGGUAAGGGUGCCUUGAUCCUGGUGAUGGCUCUAUCCAAGGCAGCGGUUCUUAACUAAGGGGGGAAGUAAUUCCAGGGGAAACUAAAGAAUAUGUUGGGUAUUUGCCAUUUGCUCCUUAAAUACACCAUUAUGAAUAGUUAAUAAUAAAGUUAAGAAUGAAAACUUGUUCUCAAUUUUCCUAUUUAAAUAAAGAGGACUUUUUAUUAAUUCUUACAAUGAGAAAUUUAUACGAAGGAGAUGAGAAACUGAGAAAGGGGACGCGACCCAAAAUAAGUUAAGAACCACUGAUCCAAGGUAUUGUAUUGAACCUGAUUACCUUUCGUUCCCCAGAUGCAUUAUAACCUCGUUUGGUUUAUCGUUUCUCCAUGCAAAUAAUAAGUUUCGCCCAAAAUAUAUUUGUUUUUUUUUUCUAGGCACGAAGAUUUAGAGUUAUCCGAAACUAAUGCGCUUUCACUUCUAAUUUAAUUAAUGAAACUAGAAGAGACGUGCAGUUUGAGUGUUAGCUCGGACUAAUUAUAGUGUGCAUUUUUAUUCAUAAACGGUACUUGAUCAUAACACGUAGCCUUCACCUAUGAGGUACAUUCCCAGAAUAACACCUCAUUAGGCUAUGGUCAGCGCUCAAACUUACUCGCUACUUCCAGCAUUUUGUUUUUCCAAAUGCUUGGUUGCUACUGACAAAAACGGUAAAAAAAAGGUUAUGGAAUGUGAGUGAACAUUUGAUUUGCCUUAUAACACGGCACCUGUGUGUUUUGAUGUGGAGGUCAAAUACAUAGACUGAUUAUGCUUUUAGAGUUGCAGGUGACCUGCGGAUGGAAAGAUGCUUGUGCAUGGUUGCAUCGUUGAACAUUCCUCUAAAGUAAAAUGAUUCACGAGAAGUCUGUUCUUAUAAAUAAUAUCUUCAGGCCCAUAACAGGAAAAAAUUAUUUAAAUCUGUAAAGUUGAUGAAUUUCUUUUGAACGAGAUCCUACAAAAUACCAAUUUGGAGACAAUUACGUAAAUGAAACGAAUAAAAUAACUUUUCAUUGAUAUUAAGUAUUCCUCCUAGUUUCUAUGUCAUUCUAGGAAAUCAAGAGUAUGUUAUUACAGGUAACCAACUCCAAAGUACGAAAUAUGGGAAGCUACUUUCUUCCACCUGAACGCAUGUUUAGCUGCUCCUGAAAGGGAGACAAAAUUGGCUAGGGUACCUAAGGUUGAAGCGAUUUUACG